GCGCGGUGGCAGCAUCGCGGCCGGGGGCCUGAAUCGGGGGAGCAGCGAUAAUAAACCGUAACCACGAUGAGUUCAGCGCUGGAGAAGCCGCAGAUCAUAGCGCACAUUCAGAAGUCGCUUAACUACACCCUAUUCGACUGCAAAUGGAUCCCGUGCAGCGCCAAGUUCGUGUGCAUGGGCAACUUCGCGAGAGGCACGGGGGUGAUGCAGAUUUACGAGGUGUCUCACGGGGAUCUGGUGUUGGUGAAAGAGAUUGAGAAAUCAAAACCCAUAAAAUGUGGCACCUUUGGAGCUGCCUCUUUGCAGCAACGUCAUCUGUCUACAGGAGACUUUGAGGGAAACCUCAAUAUUUGGAAUCUAGAGGCUCCAGAAUCGCCGGUCUACUCAGUAAAAGCUCACAAGGAGAUUAUAAACAGCAUUGAUGGAGUAGGAGGCUUGGGAAUUGGGGAAGGAGCUCCAGAAGUGGUUACUGGCAGCAGGGAUGGAAUGGUAAAAGUCUGGGACCCCAGACAAAAAGACACUCCUGUAGCCAAUAUGCAGCCUGCAGAUGGAGAUAACCAACGGGAUUGUUGGACUGUGGCGUUCGGUCAUGCAUACAAUCAACAGGAGCGGUGUGUGUGUGCAGGAUAUGACAAUGGAGAUAUCAAGCUAUUUGACCUAAGAAUGAUGUCACUCCGGUGGGAGAAGAACAUCAGGAAUGGGGUUUGUUCUGUUGAAUUUGACCGAAAAGAUAUUACUAUGAAUAAGCUGGUGGCCACUUCCUUAGAGGGGAAAUUCCACGUGUUUGACAUGCGGACCCAACACCCAACUAAGGGUUUUGCUUCAGUUAGUGAAAAGGCGUAUAAAUCUACCGUAUGGCAGGUCCGUCACUUGCCACAAAAUAGAGAUAUCUUCAUGACAGCAGGAGGAGCUGGCAAUCUGCAUCUUUGGAAAUAUGAAUAUCCAGCCCAACGCUCAAAGAAGGACUCUGAGAACGUGGAUUUGGGAGUUGCUGGCACAGUCACACUGCUUCAAAAUGUCACCAUCUCCACCCAGCCCAUUUCGAGUCUUGAUUGGAGUCCAGACAAGCAGGGCCUAUGUGUGUGCACUGCAUUUGACCAAACUGUGAGAGUUUUAAUUGCAACUAAACUUAACCGAGUGUAAGAUUAUACUAAGCUAUUGCACAAAUUAUUAUCCAUGCAAAGGUGAAAUAUGCCCUUUGUGGAAAUAAAGGAGGAUUGUAUAGAGAAUAAUAGAGGGUUCUUUUGUCUUGGAAAACAUAAAAUAGGCAGUUUAAUUUAUUUACUUAGUCACAGUCCUUUGCAUGAUAAUUGAACCAAUUUCCCACCACCUUUUGAUGGGGAGGGUGCUAUUGUACUGCAUCAUCAGCCAACAGGAGUCACUGAGGUGAAUCAUCCACAUGUUGUUAUGGAUUAACUGUUUUCUUCUCAUGGCACUCCAUCUAGUGGUCUCAAAUAAAACGUGUUUCACUGGAAGCUUAAAUUCUAAUAGGUAAUUAUCACUUGAGUCUCUUGUAGAAUAUGCUUCCAGUUUUGAAUAUAUUUGAUUUACAUUACAGGAAAACAAUACUAUAUAAUGUACAGUUUUUAAGUAAAUACUUUUCUGAAAAGUCCAGAAAUAUGGUGUGAAAGCAAAUAUUAUCAAUUAUUAAAUUUUCAGUAAAAAAAAACUUAAGGUUUGGAAUUUUUUUGUGUAACAUGUACAAUGAAAUGGUGUGGCAAUACAGGACCAUUUAGCUUUGGAGACUGUAUUAAAAUUGAAUCUGAAUACGCAAUAGUGAAAGCUUAUAUAUAUAUUUAUAUAUAUAUAUAUAUAUAUAUUUUUAAAAAGUACAAACACAAACCUGAGGCUUCCUCCUCCCAAGCACAAUAAAACAAAGCCCCACUCUUUCUCCCUUUUCUGAAGUUAGAAAACUGGCAAACUUCAUGAAAGGAUUUUGAUCUGAUUAGAAAUUGUGUAAUUUUGCUGAAAUAUUGCAUAAUUUGCCUUGUGUACAUUAUAAAACCAGUUUUCUGUUGAUGCUUGAUUGUUACUGGUGAAGGCUUGGAUAGAUCUAAAUUCUUCAAUGUUUUUCACUGAGGGAAAUAAACUCUGAUAGAAUAUUAUCAUCUCUUAUUUGGGAUGAUUUUAAAAUUUAUUUUAUCUACAAUUGUAAAUAAUUCAAAUCAGAAAAAUAUAUCUUGUUAUUUUCCUACUUUUCAUUUAAAGGUUUUAAUUUGAUAAUAUUUUGUACAGUUUGGAAGUUUUCAAUAAUCUGUUACACUUCAUAACUAAACUAUGUGAAAUGUAAAAAUGUAUUAAAAUGUCUUUUGGAUUUUUGGUGAAGUAAUACCUCAUAUGUUA